UAUCCAAAGCUAUUUGUGUGUGCGUGCUUGUGUGUGUGUGUGCGUGUGUGUAUUGUUGUUCAGCAAAUGUGUGUUUGCCAUUUUUACAAUUUAUAGCGUAAGCCGAAUUAUUGUGAUAGUGCGCCGGGUAGCAAAGACUCGUCUAACGGGAUGACGUCCACGUCCACAAGCAAUCUGGCCGAAGUUGUACGCCAUUACCAGCGUUCCAUUGAACGCAACAGCCACGGCGAGGAUGAGACACGCCUGAUGCACUGCAUCACAAAGCUAUUUAACCUGCCCAUCAAAUUCGAGCAUCUGCAGGAGACGGGGAUUGGAAAAACGGUUAAUGCGCUACGCAAGAUUAACGGCGAGGUCGGCGUUGCUGCUAAGACUCUAGUUACAAAAUGGAAAGCAAUGGUUGCAGCUGCAGAGGAGCCCGCAUUAGCAACAACAACUAGCAGCAGCCACGAAGAAGACUCAAGCAGAUCGAACGGACAACGCUCCAGUGAAGAGGAUCAAGAUCAAGAGAACAAAGGCGGUAAUUCCUCAGGAGUCGAAGAGUCCCGACACAGGCACAAAUCCAAGCAUGAUGAGCGGCAUUCAAGAUCCAGCAAACCUACCAGCAGCAGUAGCAGUAAAAGCCACAGCUCACACUCAAAGAGCAGAUCGGAGAGCAGCCACAAGAAGCAUAAGAGUAACAAUCACGAUAAAGAGCAUAAGGAGCAAAAAACUAGCAGAGAACAGCAUCACAAGUCUAAAGAAUCCAACGACGUGGCUGCGGUAAAACCCAGCAGCAGUCAUAAAAGCAGCACUGAGAAUGGCAAACAUCACCAUCAUAGCUCUCACAGCAAGUCCAAGCAUGAGAAAAGCAAAGAGGUCAAGACCGAAAAGGAUGAAAAGCCCAUCAAAGAAAAGUCAGACAAACAUAAGUCUUCCCAUAAAUCAACGAAGCGCUCACGCAGUCCACAACCAGUAGAUGCAAGCUCGCCGAAAACAAAAAUACCAAAAAUAAAAGUUGAGCCAAAAGAAGAACCAGCUUCAGCUGAUGAAUUUGAUUCCAGCUUGGGUGCCAACUUUGGUGAUGUGCUGGGCAUGCUUAAUAUGCCCAUCAGCAGCAAGAAAAUAUCUACCAAACUCAGGUCACCCCACAAGCCUUCACAACAAUCCACAUCAAACAACAAUGGAGCCUCCAGCUCCACUGUGCUUAAACGCACGCACGCUAUAAGCAACGGCAGCAAGCAUACAAGCACAAAAAAGCCUGAAUUGCUUGCACCCACCGCCAAACUAGAGCCCUUGGAUCCCAGCAUUGCAUUGGAACUCCCUACUAUAUCUAAUAAUUACAAGCCCAUGCCGCUUAAUCAAACUGUGAUGGAUGUAGUUUUUAAUCAGGGACAAGGUAGUAGCAGUACCCAUCGCAUGCCACGUAACUUUAAUGAAUCGGAAGCGCUGGCAGCAGGCAUUUCGUCUAAAACAAUGCGAACCAAAAUCUACUCAGGUGUUAGAACAGGACAAAUUUUACAAGUGCCUUCAUUAUUUGAUUUAUGCGUACGUGUGCUGCAAAAGAACAUUGAUGCUUUGGAAUACACAGGGGGCGUGCCCUUUGAGGUGUUGCGACCAGUGCUGGAACGUGCUACGCCAUAUCAGUUGCUCAAUGUUGAAGAAUAUAAUCCGUAUUUGAUGGAAGACAGCGAUGGACUGUGGCAACAACAUGUACAGCGACACUGUCGCAGUCAGCGCAGAGAGGAAAUGGAAACAUGGCGUGAAAUGUUUUUGCGCUGCGAGGAGGAGAAGGAACGCAAGCUAAGCAAUCUUGCCGAAAGCAUCAAGGCCUCCCAAAAAAUAACCGAAGCGCCUGUGCGUAAAACACAAUUAGCGUUUGUAGACUCUAUGGUGAAACCACCUCGCAAUGUGCAACGCAAACAGGAGCAAUAUGGCACCAAUCGCAAGCUGAUAGCCACGCCAGCGGCGCGCGUUGCAGCCUUGUCUAGUGUUACGCCAAAUGCAGCCAAAGUGGGCGAUGCUAGACUGCGUGUUAUAGGCGCAACACGUGACCACGCGCAGGUUGGAUCUGUAAUGCGUUCCAAGAAAGCUCCUUUAAUGGCUAAAACUUUGCAGUUCAUGCGCCGCAAGCGCUAGCACACGUCAAUUUAUAUACAAUCAAUAUACUCAUUUUAAUAGCAACUGGGAAGAUUAGUAGCAGGACUUCCAAUUUAUAUACACCUAUAAAUUAUUCGCGGACGUUGGAAGAGCUAAAUGAGAAACACCUACUCUAGCUCCGAUUACUUUUAGUUAUUCAUCCACAUUUAUAUACAUAUAUUAAGUAAAAACUUCGAAUAGUCUAGUUUUGUCCUAAAAUAUUCAUAUAUCCAAAUUUGUAUACUUAUUCUCAACUAAUUGUUUGUGAGUCACAUACAUUAUAAAAACGUAUGAGUAGAUUAGGGUUAUCCUCAAAUAUUUCGUACAUUUCAAAUUGUAAACUUAUUCUCAACUAAUUGUUUGUAUGUGAGAUACAUUCAUUUUACUUUAAGUUUAAAAAAAUUGUGUUUUGUUUUAAUGGGCUGUGUGAGUGUCCAAAAUUUUGUUCGUUCAAUUAUGUUUAGCAAUUAUAUAGGCUUCAUAAUCAAUUGCGUU